AUGCCGCUCGCGGUGCAAGGGGAAGAACCUGAGGUGAAAGCGGGAAAGAGGAUUGUCGUUAACAUCAGUCCUUUUACUUUGUCGGAGCGCCAAGACGAUCUGCUGGCUUGGGUUCAUUAUGGCUCGGUCAAAUUCGGCGGAUCCGACCCGAGAAUUCGGAUUCGUGUGUCGAAAGAUGGCCUGGCGAUCGUUCCCGCAGACUUACGAGAACAAGAGUCUCGACUGCAACUUACGCCGCAAGAGAUCGCUCAGCUGAAAAAGGUACUGAUCGACGACCUGGACGUCCAAUCGAUCGUCGCCCCUUGGUUCAACGGCCAGGGGAAUCGUUGGGAUGGCAGCCAGGACUGUUUUUUAAUCCGCGACGGCAAGCAGAAGAUCACGCUGACAUGCGAGUAUGGCUGGCCCUCUUCCCAUGCCAAUCGAGAUGCGACAAUCCAGCGUUACUUGAAGCUGAUGCAGGUCUAUACCGACUUGAUCUACCAAGUUCGAGCCGGGGGCAACGAAGCAAUCGCCGAGCAGGUUCCGAUCGCCAAUGCGGCGUUGGCAAAGCAUUUCCCAGACGCCAAGCCGUUGACGAUCGACGACUUUGCCUAUGGCGAACACUUUCAGGAUGGCGAUCGACGGCUGACGUACGUUCGCGAAACGGAAACCGACGGCAGUUGGGAUAAAGUCCGUGUCGAGGUGAUUGUCCCGGAAACAGGAAAGGAGUUUCUCAUGCGUGCUUCGUUAUGGAUGGGCUUGCUUGGCUUAAUGAUCGUAGCUGGGCCAAGUUUCGCAGAGGAAAACAGCGAGGGGGGAAUCCAGGCAAUUCAACUUGCCCCGGCCGCAACGUCUCAGCAAACGCUGCAGCAGAUUGACGCAUGGGAAAAGAAGCUGCAGACGACCAAGGCUCGAAUCGACGUUAUUGAAGCACCAUUGACCGAUGCGCUGACGGUUCUGUCGGAACAGACCGAGAUUCCGAUCCGUAUCGACGUGCGAGCUCUGGACGACGUGGGUCUCAGCGGCGAUAUGCCGAUCACGUUUCAUUCUCCAGAAAUGACGACCGAAACCGCAUUAAAGCUGCUGCUACGGGAGGUCGUGCUGACGUUCCGAGUCGAUUCGUCCGGUGUCGUCGUCACCACGCAAGAGGAAUCCGAAAGAAGCUUGCGACUGAAGUUCUAUCCGGUCGACGAUCUUGCCGGCAACGAUACCGCUGAAGGGUUUGAUCAGCUGCGCCUGCUGACGCAACUGCGAGAAAUGAAACAGCAGCCCGGCGAAAAGUACUCGACCGCUUCACGCUCGGUCUUUCCUGACGAGGAUCGAGCGGAGAAAGUGGAAGCCCAGUUGAAGUCCACGCAAAUCCCGAUCGACUUCAUCGAGACACCACUCCAGGAAGUCGUCGAGUACCUUUCCCACGUCGGGCACGUACCGAUCCAUGUCGCUCGCGGUUCGCUCGACGAAAUCGGCAUGUCGGUCGACCAGCCGAUUUCGCUGACGCUGAACAAAGUAUCGUUGAAAGAAGCCCUGGAUGUCAUCACGAAGCAGUACGAUCUGUCGUGGUACAUCGUAGGCGAGAUGAUUAUUAUCACCACGCAUGAAGAAGCGGAAAGCGAGCUGGAAAUUCGUGUUUAUCCUGUCCGAGAUAUCGUCUGGCAUGGACUGAAUAUCACCGACCCUGAAACACGCAC